CCGAUCGCGCGCGGGGGUGCGCGUCUGUCGCGGGCGCGAUGACGAAGUUCAGCGUCAUCGUCCCGACGUACAACGAGCGGCGGAACAUCGGCAUCUUGUACCUGCUCCUCCGCGACGCGUUCGCGCACCCCUCGCUCGCGAAGGACGAGUUCGAGAUCGUGAUCGUGGACGACAACAGCCCGGACGGCACGCAGGACGUCGUCCGCGCGCUUCAGAAGACGUAUAAAGACAAAAACUUGCUCCUGAGGCCGCGCCCGGGGAAGCUCGGUCUCGGGACCGCGUACGUGCACGGUUUAAAUCACGCGAGCGGGGAGUACGUGAUCAUCAUGGACGCGGACUUGAGCCAUCACCCGCGCGCGAUCCCGGAAUUCGUCGCGAAGCAGCGCGACACCGACGCGGACGUCGUGACCGGGACGCGCUACGUCCCCGGCGGCGGCGUCCACGGCUGGGACACGCGCAGGAAACUCACGUCUCGAGUCGCGAACUACCUCGCGCACGUGCUUCUGAGCCCCGGCGUGAGCGACCUCACCGGGUCGUUUCGGCUGUACCGCCGAGACGCGUUGGAGCGAAUGGUUCGCAAGGUGAAGAGCAAAGGGUACGUGUUUCAGAUGGAGAUCAUCGUGCGGUGCAAGCGCGCGGGCUUGAGCGUGGAGGAGGUCCCGAUCACGUUCGUGGACAGGGUGUACGGCGCGUCGAAGCUGGGGGGGGCGGAGAUCGUGGGGUACCUGAAAGGGUUGAUACGGCUGACGCUCACGACGUGACGCGACGCGGCGGAGCCGCAGCCGCGACGCCCCCGCGCCCCCGGGGCUGGCGCCCCCCGAUAUUAGACAGGUUUUAGACGUAGCGCGCGUCGUGUCGUGUUCAUCAGAGGCGCGGCGCU